AUGGCGGACAGCACAGAGUUGCCAGAAACUUGUGUUGAUGAUGCUGUGAGCCGUCCAGUUGUUGGCUUGGCAACAGGAGAUUCAGAAGAGGCUGUUAGUUGCCCUCAUCCUGGCACCAAGGAAACUGCUGCUGAAAAAGUAGACGCUGAUCCAUUUGAAGACACGUUCCUAAAACUGAAACAGCUGGAGACAGAGCGCAGCAGCCCCGUGCCAACAGAGCGUCCCAACAUAAACAUAAACAUCCAGAUCAAACACCUAGAAGUUCUCACUAGCGUUUCCAGUGAACAAAGAAAGCUAAAAGGGGAUGGAGAGCUGUGCAGGGGACAGGAUGAAGUGGUAAAGUUGACUGAUAAAUGUCUUAACAACGCAAUUGAGAGCCCAAUCACAGCAGCAACGUGGCUUCCAGCAGAUAUCAAAAGCAAUAUCCUGAAGGCCCAGGCAGAAGCAGGACACAAGGUCAUAAGACAAGACAGCCUGACGGGUGUCAAGAAUUCCAAUAUUCAGGAUGCUGCUGCCAGGAACAUUCUCCCAUCAGUCAAAACACAGAGUAGUCCCCCAGCAACCAGUCCAGUAUUUCAAGACCCGAGAGAGCUGCUGAAAGCAAUCCCUGCCUCAAGCACCUUCGUUCCUAAUGCAUUAAAUGAGGACAACGCUGCCUCUAACCAUGAGGACCUGCUGAUUCCAGCUAGUCUGGCUCCAGCUGAGGAGGCUGCUGUUUCAAAGAGCACUCCAGAUGACCAGGACGUUUCCUUAACAUCAUUGACAGAGAAUCUAAUUGACUUUACAGAAGCCACACCUCGGGUGUCUUCCCAGCCAACGAUAACACCGAGGUGGAUAGUGCCAACUGGACUGAUUCCCAAUGGGCCUUUGGGAAAUGAUGUUGCCUUCGCGAUGAAGGCGGUGAAAGGCAGCACGGAGACUCUGUUGUCGUCAGCUGGAUUGCCACCAUCCCAGCAGACGUCCGAACCCCUUGCAAGCCCAGUUACUGAGGAUGCUACAGCAAGAACGAAAUGUUUACUCACCACUGAACUCUAGAAGAAGGAGCUUCUGCACUUCCCACCUUGUAAAAACUCGAAUCUUCUAACAUAUCUCCGAGGGAUCCUUCCAAAAGACUCGCUUGGGAUCAAACUCUUGCUGAAUGGGAGCCAGCUGGUUUGCUGGGAUCCAGGAAGAGACUUCUACAUUUCUUGCAAUCUAACUGGAAUUACAGUCUAAACUGGGAUAUAGAACCACAUGCGUGUUUGAUCUCCCUCAGGAGAAGUGAAAUACUACACUGGAGCUAGUUCUGAACACGAGGAACAGAAUCUAGUUGUGUUCCGCUCACGCUAGUUUUAGUCUUACUCACCCUGUGCUGCCUCUGAAGCGCUGAUGGAAGGCGCUCACUGCGACCUUAGCCAUGUAGCCUGUGAGCACGGUGUCCCUGACCUCUGUAGGUGGAUGUAGGAAAGAUUAGGAGAACUUGUAGGGCCACCUUGUGGCCGCACUAUGUAUGGUGGCUCACAGCAGUGAUGACUUUCUAUACGGCCAAGGACAUUUUCUGUGUGAUUAUUCCCUCUGUUUUUCCUUUGGUUUACCAGCACAUACUCUCCUUUUUGGCCUUAAACCCCUUAAUAAUCUUUGCACCUCUUGUUACAGUACCUGGAAGGAAUGAAAAUUCAGUCCAUCAGUGGCCAACUGUGUUGACUGGAUUUGAGCUGCUCGUUGCAACCAGGAAAAAAUCUGCCAAACAGCUUCUAGCAUUAGCCAGACUACAGCAGAGGUCCCGCAUUUUGACACUGGUUAUUUCAUUUCCCGUAUGACUCAAAUACAUGCAUUUCAGGCUAGAGAUGCCUAUGUUUUAAAUGCUGACGCAGUGAAGGUGUAAGUACAGCUUAUUUCAGGGACUGCUUUUUGGUUGGUUUUGUUGUCAUAUAGGACUAGGAAGGAAAAGAAUUUUCUUGUUUCUAUUCAUACUGUUUCUGGGUGUUGUUUCCAGAUGCUGUGCUUUGGGAAUACUUACCAGGUAUGGUAGCAGCAUGAGGGUAGAACUAGAUCAGUUCUUAACACCACCAUGAAUCCUAUUCCAAGUGUCAUCUAAUAGUUGUAUGUGGAACAAAGAAUAGAAAAAAUAAGGUGAAAGCAGGAAAAAAAAAAUAAUUAACAGUUCCUGUAAGGAGUUCACUUAUUUGUAGACGGAGAGUAGGAGCACUUGCGAGAGCAUGCUGCACAGAGCUGGUGCUCAGGUGAAGUGCGGGAUCCGACAGGGAUCAUGCGAGUCCUGGGCAGCGGGACCCUCGUGUGGACACGCAGAGGUGAGCGCGCGGCCCCCGGGGGCAUCGCCCGUGGUACGGGUCAGUGCGGGGUCGGUGGGCGCGAGACACCCGGUGAGGGACUCCACGUCUCCUAACAGGGAAGCACAGACAAAACAACUGGGAUCUGUCUUAGGAAGAGGUUUGCGCGUACAACUGGGGUUGGAGGGUGUUUUCUGCGUAGUGCUGCUGUUUGUAAGUAUUUGUAUACACGUCGUUCUUGGAAACGAUUUUAAAUGUGAAAGUUGGUUCUGAAACGUCGUUUCUGCACACCAGCUGCCUGCACGGUUGGGAGUGUAGACAAAAGAGUUGGACCAAACCACUGUGGGUUGGGCAAGUAAGCUGUGCCCAGCUAGGCCGCUUCUUCCAGACUAGGGCGUUCUUACUGCUGCUCCUGUGCUCUUUGCAAGGCGCUCAGGAAGAAAGCCGCGCGGUGUUUACGCGGCGCUGCCACUCCUCCACCCCCCCGAGGCCUUAACAGAGAAACGUAGAAAGCAUGGGGAGCAAUUAGGACUGACAUCCCAGAGCAGCUCCCUGCAGGCAACGAUUUGCAGCCAU